GGGCCGCCGCGCGCGCGCAGCGCUCAGUGUCCGCUCCUGCGCGUUGAAUUUGCUCGCACUCCGGCAGCCCAGCCAGGCGGGACGAGCAGAGUCCGCCGAGUGCCCCGCUCUCGCAGGAAGUUACUACACCUUUGCGCGGACGUUCGCGGCUUUUUGUUGCGACGCCCGACUUCCUGAGGAUUGGUGGCGGCGUGAAGGCAUGAUUUCUUUUUAGAGCCGAGAGCGUUGUACCUGUCAAGCUGAAUUCGGCCGGACCGCUGAACAUGCCACGGAGCCCAACAUCCAGUGAGGAUGAGAUGGCCCAGAGUUUCUCAGACUACUCCAUGGAAUCCGAAUCUGACAGCUCUAAAGAGGAAACCAUCUAUGAGACCAUAAAAGCGACCGGCGAGCGACCGCAGAGCAGGAUGGAGGACAUCCAGAACAACUCGCUGGUCAUACGUGUUGUCAUCCCUGACCUACAGCAGACUAAAUGCAUGAGGUUUAACCCCGAUGCCACCGUGUGGGUUGCCAAGCAACGGAUCCUGUGCACACUCAACCAGAGCCUGAAAGAUGUCCUGAACUAUGGUCUGUUUCAACCUGCCAGCAACGGGCGGGACGGCAAAUUUCUGGAUGAAGAGCGGCUCCUCAGAGACUACCCCCAGCCCAUCAGCAAGGGAGUUCCAUCGCUAGAGUUCCGCUACAAGAGCAGAGUUUACAAGCAACCAAAUAUAGAUGAAAAGCAAAUUGCCAAACUUCACACAAAGGCCAACCUGAGGAAGUUCAUGGACCACAUCCAGCACCACCAGCUGGAGAAAGUCACCAAGCUGCUGGAGAAAGGCCUUGAUCCCAACUAUCAUGAUCCAGAGACUGGCGAGUCCCCUUUGACCUUUGCUGCCCACCUCGACAAUAUGGUAGAGAUCAUCAAGGCACUGAAGAACGGAGGUGCUCACCUGGACUUCCGAGCCAAGGACGGGAUGACAGCCCUACACAAAGCGGCAAAAUCCAAGAACCUGGUUGCCCUCACGACGUUGUUGGAGCUGGGUGCCUCCCCAGACUAUAAGGACAGCCGAGGCUUGACGCCACUAUACCACACAGCUUUGGUGGGUGGAGACCCUCACUGCUGUGAACUGCUCCUGCACGAACACUCCAGCAUCAGCUGCCAGGACGAGAAUGGCUGGCAUGAGAUCCACCAGGCCUGCCGGUACGGCCACGUCCAGCAUCUGGAGCAUCUGCUUUUCUAUGGGGCUGACAUGAGCGCACAGAAUGCCUCUGGUAACACAGCACUGCACAUCUGUGCCCUGUACAAUCAGGACCACUGUGCCAGGGUGCUGCUGGUCCGUGGAGCCAACAAGGAGGUGAAGAACUUCAACAGCCAAACCCCGUUCCAGGUGGCAAUUAUUGCAGGAAACUUUGAGCUGGCUGAAUUGAUUAAGAACCACAAAGAAACGGACGUAGUGCCUUUUCGAGAGGCACCAGCAUACUCGCAGCGGCGGCGCGGCACCCAGAGCACACUCGCUGCCCCCCGGGUGCUGCUGCGCUCCAACAGUGACAACAACCUGAACGUGAACAACCUGCCGCCGGACUGGUCGCCGUCGGCCGCCGCAGCCGCCCCCUCGGCCGCCUCUUCCCACCGCAGCCUCUCCCCCCAACUGCUCCAGCAGAUGCAGAGCAACCCCAAUGGCACAGUGAAGACCAUGGGCAGGGGGUCCCGUGCGGGCCGCAGCCGAUCGCCCUCCCUCAACCGCCUGGGGGAGGAGGCCCGGAGGCAGCCCCCCCAGCGGCAGAUCAGCCCCAGCUCCAGCCGGGAGGGCCACACGGGCCCGGACUUCCAGGGCCCCAAGCGCAAGCUAUACAGCGCAGUGCCUGGUCGACACUUUGUGGUGGUCCGGUCCUACCAGCCUCAAGCAGAAGGAGAGAUCCCCCUCUACAAGAACGACCGUGUGAAAGUCCUGAGCAUUGGCGAAGGGGGCUUCUGGGAAGGCAGUGCACGUGGUCACGUGGGAUGGUUCCCGGCAGAGUGUGUGGAGGAGAUCCCUGCCAAGCCCAGCGAGGAGAGGCCGCAAACCAGAACGGACAGGUCCGACAGGAAGAAGCUCUUCAGACACUAUACCGUUGGCUCCUAUGACAGUUUUGAUGCUUCGAGCGACUGCGUAAUCGACGAGAAGACCGUUGUCCUGCAGAAGAAGGACAAUGAAGGGUUCGGCUUCGUGCUGCGAGGGGCCAAAGCCGACACCCCAAUUGAGGAAUUCACACCAACCCCAGCCUUUCCCGCCCUUCAGUACCUGGAGUCAGUGGAUGAGGGCGGGGUUGCAUGGCAGGCAGGGCUUCGAACCGGAGACUUCCUCAUUGAGGUUAACCAGGACAACGUGGUCAAAGUGGGCCACAGACAGGUGGUCAACAUGAUUCGGCAGGGAGGCAACCACCUGGUCAUCAAGGUAGUCACAGUCAGCAGGAAUAUGGACCCUGAGGACACGGCCCGGAAGAAAGCACCACCACCACCAAAGAGAGCACCGACCACAGCGCUGUCCAUGCGCUCUAAGUCAAUGACCUCUGAACUCGAGGAACUAGUGGACAAAGCCACCUUGAGGAAAAAGAAGGGUGACAAAGUGGAUGAGAUGCCUUCCCAGAAGUCCACACGGGACAACGUGUCAGUGGACAUGCGGGUUGCUACCAUUAAACCACGACCAUCCAGCAGAUGUUUUGCAACUCCCUCAGAUACUGAUUCCACAUACGAUCGCCAGGGUGUGGCCGCGGUUCCACCUACUGUGCCAGGGAGUCCCAGAGGCUCCUACCUGGGUGUGCCAAAAGGCACAAUGAAGCGGCAGAAAUCAAUAGGCAUCACAGAAGAGGAAAAACAGUUCUUAACCCCUCCACUGCUGAAAUUUACCAGGAGCCUUUCGAUGCCGGACACAUCAGAAGACAUUCCGCCUCCACCUGCAAUUUCUCCUCCAUCGCCCCCUUACAAUGCCCCAAAAUCCCCCACAGCCAGGUCCUAUGGCACCAUCCGGCCAAGCUUCAACCAGAACUCCGCUGCUAAAGGCACUACUCCCAACCGAGGGGAUGCCAAUGUGGGCACUAUCCGCAGGGACAAGGGCAUGUACUUCCGGCAGAACUCAGAACAGUUUGAAGGUGAGGAGUACAAACAAAAUGCCUCAUCCCAGCAGAACUUCCGAAAUCGCAGAGCUCAUGUGCCUGAGAACCCGUACUCCGAGGUUGGCAAGAUGGGCAACAAAGCAUUAUAUGUGCCUGCUAAGCCAGCAAGGAGAAAGGGCAUGCUGGUGAAGCAGCCUAAUGUGGAGGAUAGUCCGGAGAAAACGUGCUCCAUCCCCAUCCCCACCAUCAUUGUGAAGGAGCCUUCCACAAGCAGCAGUGGGAAGAGCAGCCAAGGCAGCAGCAUGGAAAUUGAAACAUCUACACCGGAUCACCCAGGUCAGUUGCGACCUGAGGACAGCCUCAACCUGAGUAACCCAUUCGCGGCAGCCAUUGCUGGGGCUGUGCGGGACCGGGAAAAGAGACUGGAGGCCCGUAGGAACUCCCCAGCUUUCCUCUCCACUGACAUGGGUGACGAGGACCCGGUACCUACCCCAACUCCUCGUCUUCGCCAUUCCAAAUCCAUUGAUGAGGGCAUGUUCAGCAACGAUGAGCGACUGCGCAAACUGAUGGCGCCUCCCUCAUCACUCCUAGCUAUUCCCCAGGGAGGCGGGAAUGUGACUGACUUUAACAGUCCAGAGCCCACAUUGGUGAGGGAGCCUCUUAGCACACGGACAGGCAACAGCCCCAAUCUCGACAGUCCUGUUAGUUUACCUGCAGGCAAAACAUACAGCACCAAUGGUGGGAACUAUGUGCAUCCCGUUACAGGAAAGGCACUGGAUCCCAACUCCCCCCUGGCUCUUGCCUUGGCUGCCAGAGACCGUGCCAUGAAAGAGCAGGCCCAGCCACCCCCACAGAAGAAUGAACCCCCUAAGCCUGACCUCAACAAGCCUCUAUUCAUUGACACCAAGUUGCGCUCCAAUAUGGAGCCUAGUUUUCCAGCGACAGCCACCAUGGGACGGCCGGGCCAGCGUGGGGGCUUACGGAGGCAGAUGACAGAAGCCAAAUAUGAGUUGGACUCGGCCAAGGAGGAGAAGAAGCAAGAGGAAAAGAAGAACAUGUUGAUAGACAUUGUGGACACCUCACAGCAGAAGUCUGCUGGCCUUCUUAUGGUGCACACUGUUGAUGGGAACAAGCCUGAAGAGAACAACAUGGCAAAGGGAGAAAGAGAGGAUGCCACAGCCACCGAUAGUACCCCCACUGAGCUGCGAGACCCCAACCAGCCCAUGCUCAAUCAGUCUUCAAAUGCAACUAAUCCUUCAGUCCCAAAUUCCAAACCUGCCGGCCCUCACGGCAAGACGAUAAUUACCAUUAGCUCAGUGGAUGAGCCUGUGAAGCUGCCCUUCCGCAUACCCCCACCACCUCUGGCUUCCGUUGACAUUGAUGAAGAAUUUGUAUUCUCAGAGCCCUUGCCACCCCCUCUGGAGUUUGCCAACAGUUUUGACAUCCCAGAGGACCAGGCAGGUGCCAUCGCUGAGAUUCUGAAGCAAAGGACAAAUGGGACAGGGGGCUCUUCCCUGACCCCUUAUCACCCCCAUGUACCACAGGCAGCACUAGCCAACGCUGAACUAAAGAAGCCAGCGGUGCUCUCAAACUGCAUGCCUCCCAACUAUCCACCACCACCACCUGAGAAUUUUGAGCCCAUUACUGACUCAGGCAUCGAAGAAGUGGACAGUCGGAGCAGUGGGGACCCUCACCUAGAGACAACCAGCACUAUCUCAACCGUGUCCAGCAUUUCCACUCUGUCCUCUGAGGGUGGAGAGAACCUGGACACUUGUACGGUCUAUGCAGAUGGGCAAACAUUUCUGGUCGACAGGCCCCCCGUCCCACCCAAGCCAAAAAUGAAGCCUAUCAUCAACAAAAGCAAUGCACUUUAUAAAGAUGCCCUGAUUGAAGAGAGCCUUGAAGCAUUUGGGAUGCCGCCUCCUGCUCCGCCUCCGCCGCCUGGAGGUGCUCAGUCGGACCCUCCCAAAACCCCAACACAAAGGACCUCAAAACUCUGGGGAGAUCCUCCAGAACUUAAGAGUCCACCUACCCCAGACCCCAAGGCCAAUGUUAUUAGUGAACUGAAUUCGAUCCUACAGCAGAUGAACAGGGAACGGACACCCAAGUCAGGAGAAGCCCUGGAUUCUCCAACUGGAUCCAGGAGUAACUUCGGAACAAGGGCCACCGAGAGUACGUCCCCAGCCUCAGGUACACAACGGAACACCAUGGUCACCUUUGCCGUCCGGCCCGGCCCCAACCAGCCCAUCCCCUCACCGGGCCGGCAGCCGGACAGCAUGCCCACCCAGCCGCGCGCACCCAGCCCCAUCAUGUCCCCGCCGGACUCGGCUCCCGGCCGCGCCUCCUCGCUACCAGCUUCCGCCUCUUCGCCCACCCUGACGGACGUGUUUGGUCUGCCCACGCCCCCCUUGGCAGGUGAACGCUUCAGCCUGGGCACCGGCCGUAGCCGGUCACCCUCCCCCCUGACUCUGAUCCAGGCCGUCUCCAACAAGCCUUUCGCCACCAAGCCAGUUGUCCUGUGGACCAAGCAUGAUGUAGCAGAUUGGCUGGAGAGCCUAAACUUGGCCGAGCACAAGGACGCCUUUAUGGACAAUGAGAUCGAGGGGACCCAUUUACCAAACCUCCAAAAGGAAGACCUCAUAGAUCUAGGGGUGACUCGGGUCGGCCACCGAAUGAACAUAGAAAGAGCACUGAAACUCCUAUUAGAUAGAUAAGAGAGGGUGAGCUUUUUCCGAAGGACUCCUGGUCUCUGUGUUCAUUCACUGUCCCCCCACUUCUCUCAAGUGUGUAAUUAUAUACCCAUCAUGCCCUCGUCGGGAAGUAGGAGUCAUCAUAUCCUGAAGAACUGCGGUUUUCAAAGUAACGAGCGCAGUUCCCCAAUAAGCACAAGAGUUCUCUGGAAUCUGAGUGGUCAGCAGCAUAUGGCUCUGCCCCUGGGUGGAGCUGGAGGAGCCAGUGGAGCCAGUGGGGGAUGUUCCUCUUUUUAGUGACAUAACGUCUACUAGAGACUAAUCGCUUUGGAAUAUAAGGACUUUUUAAAUCAGCUUCAUUUGGAUGCACCCAAACCAGCAGAGCUGGGAUUUCAUUUUCUAUCUUUGCUAGAAUUUCUUCAGAGAAUAUUUCUUCAGAAAAAGGGGUUAUAUUGAGUGAUGCAUCAGCUGUCUAAGAAAAAAAAGUUCUGCUUCUCACACAUUUCUUUGGAAAGAAGAUAGACGAAAUACUUGCUCAGUCAUAGUCAUUUCUUUCAGAGCAUACGCGAUCCCAGAAUUGAUGUUUCUACUUGAAAAUAAAUCACCUCUUAAUAUUUUGCACCUAUUUCACAGCUAUAGGGGCACAAUUGUAGCAAGCAGUCCUUUUUGUAAGAUGUCAUUUGCUUUCCCUUUCUGGAAUUAUGGUAAAUUUUGGUUUAGUUGAAUUCACUAUAUCUAUUUGAGUUGUCUGAAAGGUGUACAAUGUAUAUUUAUCAUUAUUGUCUUCCACACAAGUGCAGGUGAGUUGGAGUGCUGAAUGCCAAGGGCCGUCCCUCUUUCACUCCACCCCCGCUGCCCCAGCCUGCCCCCUCCCCAAAGAAUGUGCCAGAUCACUGAGGCGAGCAGUGUUCUUCUUGAGUCCGCUUUUUUCGACAUCUCUUCCUUUCGUCGAGUCUGAUCUUUAACAGUAGGUCUUUCAGUCCUUCACAGAGACGUUAUCUGAAGAGUGUUAAUCUUUUGUUUUGAGCAGCUGGUCCUAGUAGGGCGCUUUAAAGUGUUAAGGUUUCAGAGGUGACUGUGUCAAGGGCCACAACACACACUUCAGCACCAUGUUUAGAAAGUGUGAAAGCCCAGUGAUGCUGUUUGUCAUUUUUUUAGGCCAGAGCACCCUAACCCUAAACCGUGAAGAGAGGCGACACACUUCCUGAUACCGUACUGUGCGGCUGCAGCAAGUGAGAGCUGUUCAGAGAUACUCUGAUUCUAAAGUGACAUUCAACUUUGGUCUGUAUCAAUUAUAAGUCAGUAUAAAAGCAGUAUUUCCUCUCUCACCUGCCUGUCUUUGCCAUGGCUGAUCGGAAAGUGAGUCCUCCUGAUGGCGGAAGGCCCCAGGCUUCUGGGGAAGGUGAAUAGGGGUGAUGCAGGAAGCAGGUGGACAGUUAUGUUUUCCCUCUGUUUUUAAAUUAAAACAGGCUAUCAAUGUAUGUCACAGGAAGGCCACCGCACCUCAGUCCUAAGAUAAAGCAGGGUUACCAUCCGUUCGUCUCGGGACGCAUCUCUUCUCGGAAGUGUAGGACGUCGCAUCGGCUUUUGACAGGCUGUCGUACAUCUCCAUUCUUCUUCACCAAUGAUCGGGGCUUUUUCAGUUUCUAACAUAGCAGGAUGCAUAUAUUGGAAAUUUCUUGUUUAUUUUCUCAAUUGGUUUUGGUAAAAAACCAAGAAAAGCCAGAAUAUGUAUUUAAUAUGACACAUUCCCAAGUGUAUGUAAUCUGUUACAAAUGAAAUUUGUAAAAGAAAGUGUAUUAGAAUGUAGACACAUUGCUUCUGAAACCAGUGUUGAACCUUCUUGCAAGGACUUGGUGUUAAUUGUCCUUUAAUCAAUAUUAAUUAAUUUCUGCUGAGUUCAGACCCACAGAUACUUCUGUGAGCACUUACAGGAACACGUGUAGUUUUGGCAUCUAAGACUAAGUGUUUGGGAAAGUGUUUUCAGAAAUAUAUAUAUAUAUAUUAAGAAAGUAUAAUUUAUAAAUUGCUAAAGGCUUUAACAAGAGAAUUGAAAGGUUUUAGUAAAAAUUUUAACUUUACUUAACCUUACUGUUGUGGAUCCAACUUCAGAGCACAAUAAAGCAGUCCCAAAACUGAUGCGAUCAGAACUGUUCUUUGAAAGCAAAUGAGGUUGAAAGUGUUUGUGUUCCGUUUUCCAGAUCAGUGCCAACGGGGGUCUCGCCUAGGGCUCCCCUCCCUCGCUAGGGGCCGUCUGCAUUGGAGAGCUCAGGGGGGUCUGCUCUGUGAGCGCCACCCGCCACGUGCAUGAGGAAUGUCCCU